AUAAACGCAAGAUGUAUCAUGAACAUCAAUAUUACUUGUUUCCAAGGUCAUGCGUAAAUUGUUUUCUCGUUUGAUGGCAGACCAAAAUAACUUAACAUAAAUAUUCAGUUUGAAGGAUUUUACUUAGAUAGGAAAGGUGGAAAUGCAAAGUACAACAACCAUUUAAUUUGUUUUACAUUUCCUUACAGUCAUGGGGCCAGUGUCAUGGAAGAAUGCAUCAACAUUGAUUGUAUUAGCUAGAAAUCGCCUCAGCCAGGCUGUUAUCAAUAACAAAAACAAUGAUGUGCAAAAACUGCUUCCUGACUAUAGCUGCAUGUUGCUGAAACGUAGUUCCCAAAGUAAAUUCUUUGCUAAUGCUUUUGUCUUUCCUGGAGGAGCCACAGAAGUUGCAGAUUUUUCUCCAUCUUGGCUGGAGCAUUUUGAUGAACAUGGCUUCAAUCGAGAAAAGUUAGCGUCACAGUUUGUUGUAUCCCAGCAAGAUAAAGUUCCUCUGUAUGCUGAUAUUCCAAAUUCAGACUGCAUCCCUGAAGUUGGUUACCGUAUCAGUGCCAUUAGAGAAACAUUUGAGGAAACUGGGGUCCUAUUUUGCAAACCGGCCCAAAUUCAUGGACAGUCCAAUAGCAUCCUUAAAGCUGAUGAUUUGAUAGAAUGGCAAAAACGCAUUCAUCAUAAUCCUGAAGAGUUUCUCAUCUUGUGCAAAAAAUAUUUUUUGCUCCCUGACCUCUGGUCAUUAUAUGAAUGGUCUAACUGGCUUACUCCUACCAAUAUGGGUCCUAAGCGAUAUGAUACCAUGUUUUAUGUCUGUGUCAUAGACAACAUCCCGGAUGUCCGAAUUGAUGGAAAGGAGAUCACGCAAGUUCUGUGGACCGAUCCGUACAAUGCCAUUUUAAAACACGUGCAAGGUCAUAUUUGGUUGGCGCCUCCUCAGCUGUAUGAACUGUGUCGAUUCGCACAGAUCGAUACUGUUGAAGACCUGAAAAUAUUUUGUAAGAGUAGACAACAAAAAGGGAUAGAGCGUUGGCUUCCCAUCCGCUCUCAGUCCGAGGAAGGAUAUACGACCAUACUUCCGGGUGACUCGCUGUACCCGGUACCCAAAGAUACCAACACCCCAAACAUCGAAGAUAGACAAUUAAGCACAAAACAUACGGAAAUAUUAAAAAAUAGGAUUUGCUUCACAAGCCCAAAUCUCUUCCGGAUAGUUUGUAAUGUCAUCGAUCCCCAUGGUCAUAAGCAACCCAGAAAUUUGGUCGACGAAAUGACUGAGAACAUACAUCAGUCGAAGAUGUAGAUUUCUUGUCGAUAAAGAACAAAAGCAAGAGAACAUAAAACUUAAGCAAUUGAAGACAUUAUUCGUUAUCAAAGUGAGCUUCGAAAAAGGUAUUAUGUUUUGUCACUGUCCUUUAAAUGCAAAAUUUCUUAAUCGUGUUGUAGUGUUGGGAUUGUUUGUUUUCAUUUUCAUGAAACUAUUAUGCAAGAAGUUGCGAAAUUUA